CAAACUUGGGAGAAAUUCUGAGGAAAUAGCAAAUUGCAUUUGUUGUACCAUUUCUGGCAUGAGUAAAUCUCCCUGGAAUAAUAACGUUUUUCGGGGGAAGAACAAGGUGACAGUUCAGCUGCUGCUCCUGAGAUACUGCUUCAAGGUGAGCAAGAGCCCAUCCUUCGAAGUCCUCCCCGCGAUGCCGCCGCUGCUGCUGCUGCUGCUGCAGAUCUCCUCCAGCUGCCUUUGGCUGGGACACGGCGAGGUGGUGACGUCUUUUGAAAGCUCAUGCCCGCAGUUUUUCUUCCGGGAAACCCCCCCGAAUGACGCCCUGGAGCCAGAGAACCCAGCCUGGAUCUGCCAGCGCUACAAGAACCAGUAUUACUUUGCCACCCUGUACGACAGGAGCAGGCGUAUUCCUGUGUACUCUGCUUACUUGUACCAGCCUGGGCCUGGCACAAGACCUAAAACAUGGCUGGUUGAGCCCCAGCUGAUGGGCUUAAGUUAUCCCAAAACGAUGGAAAAAGAAUGGACCCUCUUGAAUUAUUUCAACGUCACUUUAGAGCAGCUUGGCAAGAGCCAGGCUGUCCUCCAGGACUACAAGAACCUGACGGGUUUGAACCGGGGCCACUUGAACCCCAGUGGCCACCACCCCGACUCCAUCAGCAGGACAGCUACCUUCAGUCUCACCAACAUAGUCCCCCAGGACGAGAAACUCAACGGCGGUGCCUGGAACAACUAUGAGCAGCAAACCAUGAUGAGGAGCACGCAGGUCUGUAAUGCCACCUAUGUCGUGGUGGGCGCCGUGCCUGGGAACAACUACAUCGCCAAGGGUAGGGUCAACAAACCCAGCCACAUCUGGUCGAGCGCCUGCUGCGAGGUGGACAACAACCACAGAAAGUCUUGGGCAGUCAUUGCUGAGAAUGACAAGAACGAGGUCCAUCUCCUCACGCUGGGGGAGCUGGAGGAGGUGUUGACUGAGCUCUAUGGGAGGGAGCAGGUUUUUCUCUUUGACAGCGACUGUCCCCGGGAAUGAGCCUCCUUGCACCUCCUGGGUGUAUAAGGGAGCCACUAGCAGCACCGUGUGCACUGUGUGCCAUUCAUCCUUCCUUCUCUAGCUCUGUUUAUUGGAGCAUCUUCUCUCAAAAAAAAAAAAGGAAGGAAGAGGCCAGCAGAGCCCCCACCUGGUUUGCUUUCCUACUCUGCUGCCCACCCUUGCAAUGAAUCUUCAUGGAAGGGUCCCUGGAAGCUCUGGAGGGGCAAUCUGAAUAAAAGCCCAUGGGCAAGGAAAUUGGAGCUUGUCACUAAGACUAGAGAGGGUAUUUUAUUUUAUUUUUCCCUUUUUCUACAUGCCCAUAUACAGACUGUAUUUCCUUCCCCUCUUCAUUUGGUAUGAUUGAUAGCAUGCUGCUGUCUUCUCCCUCGCCUUCUUGGGAAAGGACGUGUGUUCCAGAGACCUCAUCGCUCUCUAUAGGUACCUUAAAGGAGGCUGUAGAGAGGUGGGGGUUGGUCUAUUCUCCCACGUGCCUGGUGACAGGACGAGGGGGAAUGGGCUAAAGUUGCUCCAGGGGAGGUUUAGGUUGGAUAUUAGGAAGAACUUCUUUACUGAAAGGGUUGUUAGGCAUUGGAAUGGACUGCCCAGGGAAGUGGUUGAGUCGCCAUCCCUGGAGGUCUUUAAAAGACGUUUAGAUGUAGCCCUUAGUGAUAUGGUUUAGUGGAGGUCUUGUUAGUGUUAGGAUAGAGGUUGGACUAGAUGAUCUUGGAGGUCUCUUCCAACCUAGACAAUUCUGUGAUUCUGUGAUUCUGUGAUUAUCCUACUGACACAGCCAAGGACAACAGAAAUGGACAGAGGAAGAGAGGAAGGUGGAAAGAAGGAAGGUGAAAAGGAAGAAGGCAACUUAGCAUAGGAGGAACAUCCCAGCUCUCUUGAGGUCUGCAAUGAGGUAAAACAAGGAGAAGGAAGGAAAUAACCUACAACGAAUCACUAGGCUCCCUAACCCUGAGCUUACAUGAAGGACAUGCUUAUGUAAAUUUACUAGCAGAUUUUUUGUUUGCUUGCUUUUGGACCCUGUGUCUUGAGAACAAGUGCUGAGGUAACAGGCAACCAGGCUCAAGGAGCAAAUAUACAGCAGACUUUGACCAAUCAAAGAUAAAUUUCGGCAAUACGCUGGUGGGUUAACUUCAUUUUCUGCUCCACUUCUGAACCUUUUCCACAGAUUUAUAUGUAAUUGAUUUUUUUUUCCAUUGUAAGAUCUAUUCAUCAGUAUAAAAAUUCAAUAUAUGGCAUACAAUUU